GGAUUUCUGGACCGUCUUGUAGAAGAGAGGUCUCUUGGAGACAGAAUGGAUGACCAGAAGCCGCCUGGUGAGGACAAAGACUCUGAGACGCCAGCGGCAGAUGGAGUGGUGUCCUCGGAGGAGCAGGGCAGCGUGGAAGCUGAGCCCCUGAAGCCGCCAGAAGAGAGCCCUGUGAAAGAGCCCUUGGAAGAACCAGAAGCUAAAGAGGAACCUCCGCUGCUCUGCUGCUCCCCUCCCAAGCGCUGUGCGUUCUGUAACUGCAGCAAAUGGAGCUUGCACGGGCAACGGGAGUUGUUGCGUUUCGAUCCGGCCCCCGACUGGGCAGAAGGUCUCUCUGAGCCUCUGGAAGGGGAGCAGCCUGGCUCGAGAGAAGGUGCGAAUGAGGACCAGACCCUCAUUGGCUUUGCGGACGGCGUCUCAGUGCGAGAGGUGUUUGAGCCAACAGGCCACUUCUGGGCUCAUCACUGGUGUGUGGUGUGGUCAGCUGGAGUCUUGCGAGUGGAAGGGUCAUGGUUGAGCCAUGUGAACAAAGCCGUCAUCUCAGGGAUUGCACAGAAAUGUGAACACUGUCGGAGACUGGGUGCUACCAUUCCAUGUCAUGCGGAGGGGUGCCAGCGCCACUAUCACUUCCCCUGUGCUGCGGCCAGUGGCUCCUUCCAGUCCAUGAAGUCCUUGAAGCUCCUGUGUCCAGAGCACCUGGACCAGGCUGUGCAGAUGGAGGACUCGCGCUGCAUGGUGUGCGAUGCACCCGGGGACUUGCGUGAUCUACUCUUCUGCACCAGCUGUGGCCUGCACUACCAUGGCACCUGCUUGGAGAUCACGGUAACGCCACGCAAACGCUCCGGCUGGCAGUGUCACGAAUGCAAAGUUUGCCAAACCUGUAGGCUAUCAGGGGAGGACAGCAUGACGUUAGUGUGCGAAGCCUGCGAUAAAUGUUACCAUACGUACUGCUUGAAGCCAGCCGUUGAGAGCCUUCCCACAGACUCCUGGAAGUGCAAGAGUUGUCGCGUCUGCUCUGACUGUGGCUUCCGCCCGUCUGCCCUGGCUCCUGGCUGCCAGUGGUACGAGAACUACUCUUUGUGUGAAGGGUGUCAAGAACGGCGUUGCAAAGAUGCUGACGGCACGGAGGCUGUACAGCGCAACCAAGAACACGUCCCCCCAGCGAGCAGUCCUCUAAAGAAUCCGUGCCCCGUAGCGGACACACCAGCAUCUCCUCUGCCAUCGGGAGACCCUCAUGUGGCCAGCCCGGGGCAAACAGAAAGCAGCAGUGGCCAUGCUGGCUCGCACCAAAAAGAGGUGGUCCCACCGGGAUGCGAUGAAAAACCCAUUGAUGCAGAAAAGCCUUUAGAGAUGUCCCGUGUGGAUCCAGAGGCCCCUGCAGGGCAGGAGCAGAUGGAAGUCGAGACAACGCUAGAGCCUGAAAACGCCCCCUCGCCAGCACCCCCUCCUCCGGUACCACCAGAUCCUGUCUCACCGGCCCACCCUGAGGAGUCGACUCCAGGUGCCAAAGAGCAGCUCGCCUUUGAGUCGCUGCCUGUAGAGCAGGAACCCACAGAGAGCCAUAUAGAGAUGGAACCAUCUACCCAGGCCGCUGAGGUACCUUCUCCCACAAGCCCUCAACCUGCCUCUUUCAAGGACGAUUCCCCUGAAGCUGCUGGAGGCGAGGCCAGCGAGGAGCCGAUGGAUACAGGGGUGGAGGGCAUCCCAGGCGGCAGUAGACUCCAGGCCGGCCAAGAAGAGGAGGAAGAAGAAGCCGUGGCAGCUAAGAUGGAACUUGAAGGAAGAUUGUCCCCUUCGCUGAGUGAGGAAGAGGCCCCAGAAGAAGGACACGCCGCAGCAGGGCUGGAGCCCAGCGAGGCUCCCCUCAGCUUUGCCAGCGAACCCAAGCGCUCUCCCUCGCCGGUGGAGGCAGAAUUGCUGGGCAGCACUUCCACCCCGUCGGAAGCCUAUGGCGCUGCCAACCCCAUCGAAGGAGGGGCAGGGGGUGAUGAGGAGGCAGGGCCAGCACCGCCCCCCUUGAGGCCCCACCCCUUGGUUAAGUCGGAUAUCGUUAAUGAGAUCUCCAACCUGAGCCAGGGCGAUGCCAGCGCGAGCAGCUUCCCGGGCUCGGAGCUUCCCUUCGCUUCCCCCUAUCACGAAGGCGGAGGCUCGUUCUCCAUGGAAAUGGCCGGCUUGACCUCCACCGAUGUCAGCCUGCAAAGGGACGACGGAGCUUCCUUGGCUCUGGCCGAGAUGGACGACUCCUUACUCUUCGACGUCAAAGGCGAGGGCGAAAAGGGACGGCGGCGCGGCUCUCCAGCCCGUUCCCGUGUCAAACAGGGUCGCAGCAGCAGUUUUCCCGGGAGGAGAAGGCCUCGGGGAGGGUCCCAUGGCGGUCGGGGGCGGGGCCGCUCGCGGUUGAAAUCCACCACUUCUUCAAUUGAUACAUUGGCGCUGGCUGACAUUGACAGCUCCCCCAGUAAAGAGGACGACGACGACGAUGACGACACCAUGCAAAACACAGUGGUGCUCUUCUCCAACACCGACAAGUUUGUGCUGAUGCAAGACAUGUGUGUCGUGUGCGGUAGCUUUGGCCGUGGCGCUGAGGGCCACCUCCUGGCGUGUUCUCAGUGCUCUCAGUGUUACCAUCCAUACUGUGUCAAUAGCAAGAUUACCAAGGUGAUGCUGCUAAAGGGCUGGCGUUGCGUAGAAUGCAUCGUGUGUGAAGUAUGUGGCAAAGCGUCCGACCCUUCCCGCCUGCUGCUGUGUGACGACUGCGACAUCAGCUAUCACACGUAUUGCUUGGACCCGCCCCUCAACACGGUGCCCAAGGGCGGCUGGAAGUGUAAAUGGUGUGUGUGCUGUGUGCAGUGUGGGGCAGUGUCGCCUGGUUUCCACUGUGAAUGGCAGAACAAUUACACCCACUGUGCGCCGUGCGCCAGUCUGGUCGCCUGCCCCAUUUGCCAUGUGAAGUAUGUGGAGGAUGACUUGCUAAUCCAGUGCCAGCAUUGUGAGCAGUGGAUGCACGCGGUAUGCGACAACCUUUUCACAGAGGAAGAAGUCGAGCAGGCAGCGGACGAGGGGUUUGAUUGUACCUCAUGUCAGCCCUAUAUAAUCAAGCCUGUAGUUCCAGUUCCCCCUCCAGAAAUUGUCCCCGUGAAGAUCAAGGAGCCAGAGCCCCAGUAUUUCCGAUUCGAAGGUGUCUGGCUGACAGAGACUGGUAUGGCCGUGCUACGCAACCUGUCUCUGUCACCGCUGCACAAGCGCCGACCACGUAAGGCAACGCCAACGAUACCACGACUGGGUCCCCUCAAUGGUGAAGGUGGGCUGGAAGGAGUUGACCCUCUGGGCCCAUAUGAGAAAAAGGAUGGCGAUGUAGAGGCAGAGGAGAUCUUGAAAGCUGAAGUUAGCGUUGAACACAUGGAAUGUGAAAUCAAACUGGAAGCUCCAGCUACCCCAGAGCGGGAAGCUGCUGCAGAUGCCGACUUGGGCAAGGGUCUGCUGGAGGACGCCGAGGAGGUCAAGAAACGGAAGCGCAAGCCAUACCGCCCAGGAAUUGGAGGGUUUAUGGUGCGACAGCGGAAGUCACACACGCGCUUGAAAAAGGGCUGUGCGGCCUUGGUAGAAGUCUCUCGCGAGUUGACUGGUGUGGAGGGGCACCCAGAAGAGGGGGCUCAGCUUUCAGAGAUCCCUGCGGAGGGCGCUGCUGAGCAGGGAGCGGCUGAGGGUGAUGAGAAGAAGAAGCGGCGUGGCAGAAAGAAGAGCAAGCUGGAGGACAUGUUCCCUGCCUACCUUCAGGAAGCCUUCUUUGGAAAGGCACUUCUGGACCUGAGCAGAAAGGCCCUGUUGGCAGCGGGUGGAGUGGGUGGAGAUGGGACGGCUCACCCUCCCGUCGGCCAGGGAGCCCCCAGGGCCAAGGUGGAUUCCGGCAUGCUCCAGAAAGGGCCUGUGGAUGGGAAGGAAGCUCCAGUUCAGCCAAAAGGGAAUGAAUGUGUUGAUGGCAAGGAGACAGGUGUCCCGGAAAACAACUUGAAAGCUGCUGAGGCCAAGCCCGAGACUACUGGCACGACAGAACCGAUGGUGCCCAAGAACACUCCAGAUCCUACAGGUGCCGAGAACCCAGCCACACCCCCGGGGGAGGGGGUGCUCAGCUCCGACCUUGACAAAAUCCCCACUGAAGAGCUCCCCAAAAUGGAGAGCAAGGAUGUCCAGCAGCUCUUUAAAGACGUUCUGGGAUCAGCCGAACGUGAGCAGCAACUCAACUGUGUUGCAGCCGAACCGGAGGCCGGGAGCCUUCGGGACCCAAACCGCACACAGCUUACCCAAAGGCCCUUCCUGCAAGGCGGAGGCGUCUCCCUUGGCUCCCUGCAGCCUGCUGUACCGAUGGAGACUUACUCUGGAGUUUGCCAGUCCCCGUUUCUUGAUAGCAGAGAAAGGAGUGGCUUCUUCAGCCCGGAGCAGUGUGAGCCAGAGAGCCCUUGGGCCAGCAGUUCUGCGGCUUCCACCCCCACCACCCCCACAACAGAGGGGGAAAGUGACGGGCUGUCCUAUAACCAGCGGAGCCUGCAGCGCUGGGAGAAGGAUGAAGAGCUGGGGGAGCUGUCCACCAUCUCACCGGUGCUUUAUGCCAACAUGAACUUCCCCAGCCUCAAACAGGAUUACCCAGACUGGUCUAGCCGUUGCAAGCAGAUCAUGAAGCUCUGGAGAAAGGUGCCAGCCCCAGAUAAAGCCCCUUACUUGCAAAAGGCCAAAGAUAACCGGGCGGCUCACCGCAUUAACAAGGUGCAGAAGCAAGCCGAGAGCCAGAUCAGCAAGCAACAAACCAAAGUGGAGGUGCUGCGGAGACCAGACCGCCCGGCCUUGCACCUGCGCAUCCCACCCCAGCAGGGGGCACUGCCAGGGGCCACCCAGCUGCCGCCACCUCCCCCUCCUUCCGCUGCCCCCUCAGCAGCCGGGCAGCCCAUUUACAUCAGCAAUGCUGCCACUCUGCCAAGCGGGUCGGGCGUUGAGUCGCCCAGUGAGCUCUUCCUCAAUCUCCCCUCUUCUGCCACCAGUGCCCAGCCCCCAGCUCAAGUGCCUUCGCACGAGCCCUACGGCAUGGCCUCUGCCUGCCCCGCACCAGAUCCACGUUUUCCUUCUCCUUCCGCAGUGCCUGCUGGCUUUACCUCCACUCCCACCGCCGCCUCCUCUGGACAGUCCCCGCACCUGCCCAUUCCUCGUCCAGCCCUGCAGUCGGGGGAGUUCCAGCCCACGCCCCCUGGAACGCCCAGGCACCACCCCUCCACCCCAGACCCCUUCCUUAAACCCCGCUGCCCGAGUGGGUCUUUGGAAAACUUGUCUGUGCCUGGAAGCCCCCAGCAACCUGCGCUGAUGCUUUCACCCCCACCCUUUGGGGAACAGAAGAAAGUGCUGGAGAUCAAGAAAGAAGAAGUGGGGCACGGAAUCUGCUCCCCAAGCUACGGCUAUGGCGACUCCCCAGCCAGCGCUCCUCACCCCAGUGAAAUGAAGGCUCCAGAUGUGUUUAAAGCCCCACUCACCCCACGGCAAUCUCAGGUGGAGCCGCAGAGCCCGGGCUUGGGGCAUAGGCCCCCAGAUUCUCACCCUCUGGCUUCUUCUCCCCCCAGCCAGGCUGAUCUCUACCGGCAAUCUCCGUUCCCGGAUCCUUAUGCUCAGCCUCCGCUGACACCUAGGCCUCAGCCCCCACCCCCAGAAAGCUGCUGUGCCCUCCCCCCUCGCUCACUGCCCUCCGACCCCUUCUCACGUGUACCAGCCAGCCCCCAGUCCCAGUCUAGCUCCCAGUCACCUCUCACUCCCCGGCCACUUUCUAAUGAAGCCUUCUGCCAGUCUCCGGUCACCCCUCGUUUUCAGUCCCCCGACCCCUACUCCCGGCCUCCUUCACGGCCGCAAUCCAGGGAUCCUUUUGCUCCUCUGCACAAGCCCCCUCGGCCCCAGAUGCCAGAAGCGGGCUUCAAACCCAUGCCAGUCUCCCACAACACCGCAGCAGUUGGGGGCUAUCCAACAGUGCCUCCUUCGGGUGAGCCCCACCCCAAGACCAGCCAGCAGCCCCAGUUUGCUCGCUCCCCUGGUGCUAAUGUCUUUCCAAAUGCUCAGCCCCAAAUGCGCUUCACCUUCCCUCCCAGUGAGCCAAUCAAGAGUUCCCCUUCCCAUGGGAUCAACAGCCAUUUUGCUCCUAGCAAACCCCAAAGCACAAGCUACGUUUCCUCACCGGGGUUCCAUCAAGCUGGGAGCCCUUUGGGGCCGGGCAAGAGCACCCCUGACUCUUACAACGUCUCCCCGCUGCGUCCUCCCUCGGUACUGCCCCAGCAGCCAUCUCAGCAAGAGAGCUCCUUGCCCUACCUGCAGCGGACAGGAAUGGCGCCACCCGGUGACAAGAGGGAAGAAGGAGUGGUGGGCCCGCCAAACAGGGAGCUGCAAGAACUGCCCGCCAGCCAGGAGGGGGCGAUCAACAACAUCAGCCAAACCGAGCUAGAGAAACAGCGACAGCGUCAGAGACUCCGUGAGUUGCUCAUCCGUCAGCAGAUCCAAAGGAACAACUUGCGGCAAGAGAAAGAGAGCGCUGCGGCUGCCGCAAACAACUCGCAGGCGUCGUGGAACCCCGAGGGCAGCGGACAAGCCUUUGAGCAGAUGAAUCGGAGCAUGACACCGUUUCCUUCGGCACAGGACAAAGGCAUCCUAGGCAAUCUGAGUACUCCCCCAGGAGGUAACAAGCUACCCAGCGGGGUAAUGGUGCACGCGCCCUACGUGCAGGAUGAGCGACUCGCCCGGCCGCCCCCAGCAGCCACUCCUUCUACUAUGGAUAUUAAUGGCAGGCCAUCGGUGGUAGCUGCACAACCAUUUUACCCUCGUGGCGUCUUCCAUGCCCCGUCGCCCCAGCAGCAGAUGUGGCAGCAGCAGCAGCAGCAGCAGCAGCAAGCGGUGUCCAUGCGCCUCCCAACCCCGUCCCGCUUCCCACAGCCGCCCACCCAAGACUUGAGCCGUCAAGCUCUGGGUGGCCUCGCCCCACGCCUGACAGGUCCUGGAGAACAGCUUCAGGCGUCAGCUGGCACCCUUGGAGCCCAGUUCAUCGAGCUAAGGCACAAUAUCCAGAAAGGAGUGGGUGGAAGCGGAACGGGCCCGGCUUUCGUCCAACAGAGUCCCCAGGUUCGACCCAGGUUUUUUUUGCCUGGAAAUGACAGCACCAGCCAGGCUUUGAAAGCUUCUGUUAUGCCCAUGCAGGCUCCUGUCCUGGGAACUCAAGUCAUACAAACCCCCAAAAUGUCAGUUUCUAUUUCCUCCUCCCCUCAGGGGGUGGAGAUGAACAACAACCAUCACCCUCACGCCAAGGCUGUGCCCCAUUUGAUUCUGCCGCCCGGCAACUUGGAGAUGCAACACAUCCCGCCCCGUCCGCUCUCUUCAUCUGGCCCCAAAGAGGUACCCAUUCCUCCAGCUGCCGCGGACACGGCUCCAGCCGCUGGUAAGACUCAGUUGGGUCUGGCCAGUAGGCAGUUACCUUGCGACGUGCCGGUGGAGCCCGAUUUAGACGAUGACUUUGAUUCCCACAAAGACCUGGAGGAUGACGACGACUUGGCCAACUUGAGUCUCGAUCCUGAUGUCGCCAAGGGGGACGACGAUCUCGGCAACCUGGACAAUCUGGAGACCAACGACCCACACCUCGAUGACCUGCUGAACGGUGGGGAGUUUGACUUGCUGGCCUACACGGAUCCGGAGCUGGACACGGGGGACAAGAAGGACAUCUUCAACGAGCAUCUGCGCCUGGUGGAAUCUGCCAACGAGAAGGCGGAACGGGAGGACCUCCUCAAGAAGGAGCCGCCUGCGGGGCCCUACCUCAAGGACAGCCCUUCCGCGGGGGCUGGCAAGCCAGGUGCCCAGAAGGUGGAACCGCUACCCAGAGAUGGAGCACCCAAAGCAAAGGAAAGACUGAACCUUCUCACUGUUCCCUGUCCUCCUUCCGCAGGAGUUCCGCCGCCCAUCCUGUCCACCUUCAAGUCCCCCAGUGACAUGCUGGACAGCAAGUUGGUGGGCCUGCCUGCUGACAUUAAGCCCAAGAUAGAGGAGGGCUGCCUGAAGCCCUCCCCCUGCCAAUUUACUACCAGCCCCUCGGAGAAGCUUCCUGUCAAAUCUGAGGCCGUUGAGAAAAUGGCUGCAACCUUAGCAGUGAACAUCAAGCCCGGGCAGAAUCUCAUGAGCUCUGGCGCCGGAGGGCCUGGGAUGCGGCUUAGCAUGACGCAGUUCCACAGCAACAGCCACACUUCCAUCUCGGACAAGGUCCUCUACGGCACCCCGAGCCGGCCACCACUCACUCCCAGCCAGAUGGCCAGCGCAAAUAACUCGGUCCUGGAAAAGUUUGAGCUCGACGGAGGGUCCUUGAGCCUGGCCAGCACCCAGCAGCACUCCCCGGCGGAUGAUCUGGAUAAGAUGGAAAGUUCCUUGGUGGCCAGCGAGCUGCCGCUCCUGAUUGAAGACCUGCUGGAACACGAGAAGAAGGAGCUGCAGAAGAAGCAACAGAUGUCUGCCCAGGUGCCGGGGGGGUCCCAGCAUCUCCCGCCCCACGCCCUGUUAGCCCACCCCGCUCCCCCUAGCCAGCCGCACGAGGGGCCGCUGGUAAGCCCCCCGCAGCAGCUUCAGUUGGGCGUGGUGGCCAGGCAGCAGGGGAUGGUGGCCAACCCGCAGUUGAUGCAGCAGCCGCCGCCGCCGCCGCCGCCGCGUUUGGCCGGUCCUCAGCAAAGCCAAGGGCUGGCCCCCCAUAUGGGAGUGACUCAGAACCAGGCUCACCUGCUCGCCGCGCAGCAUGGCAUCCAGGCCACGCACGGUCAACAGAACCAGCAGCAGGUCCUGGCCCAGAAGCCCAUGCCUGGGGUCCAGCCGCCGCCGCCCCAACAGCCACAGAUGAUGGGGCUUAAGCCUCAGCAGCUUGUGAUGCAGCAGCAGCAACAGCAGCAGCAGCAGCAACUGGCAAACAGCUUCUUCCCCGAUACAGAUCUUGAUAAAUUUGCUGCAGAGGACAUUAUGGAUCCUAUUGCCAAGGCCAAGAUGGUGGCUCUGAAGGGUAUCAAGAAGGUCAUGGCACAGGGCAGCAUUGGAGUGGCUCCUGGCAUGAAUCGGCAACAAGUCUCCCUGCUGGCGCAGAGGCUGUCUGGAGCUUCGGCUUCAUCCGAAAUUCAGAACCACAUCCUGCCUGGCUCCGGAGGGCAGGAACGGAGCAGUGACCCAACGCAAGCUCGUCCAAACCCACCCACUUUUGCUCAAGGUGUCAUCAACGAAGCCGAUCAGCGUCAGUACGAAGAGUGGCUUUUUCACACGCAGCAGCUCUUGCAGAUGCAGCUAAAAGUUCUGGAAGAGCAAAUAGGAGUGCACCGCAAAUCCCGCAAAGCCCUGUGUGCCAAGCAGCGGACGGCUAAAAAGGCAGGCCGGGAGUUCCCGGAAGCUGAUGCCGAAAAGCUCAAGUUGGUGACUGAGCAGCAAAGCAAAAUCCAGAAGCAGUUGGACCAGGUUCGGAAGCAGCAGAAAGAGCACACCAACCUCAUGGCCGAGUACCGGAGCAAGCAGCAGCAGCACCAGCAACAGCAAACCUCCGCCGUUUUGGCCCUGAGCCCCUCGCAAAGCCCCCGCCUCGUGGCCAAAGUCCCCGGCCAGCUGCUUUCCGCUCACGGUCUCCAACAGGGGCCGCAGGGCUUAGCGGGCCAAGCCGGUGGCUUGCGCCUUCCUCAGGCUGCCACCAUGGCGGCACAACAGGGCAUGCCAUUCUUAGGGCAGCCGCCGCCGCCGCCACAGCAGCAGCCGCCCCCUGGCGCUGCCGCCUCCGGCAACUUCUUUUCCAGCACUCGUCUCUUGCAGGAGAGGCAGCUGCAGCAGCAGAGGUUACAGCUGGCCCAGAAGUUACAGCAGCAAAACCUCCUAGGGCAGGUGUCGAUGCAGCCGCCGCAGCAACAGAGCCUCAUGGGACAAAUGGCCCUGCAGCAGCAGGGCCUGAUGGGACAGGUCUCGGUGCAGCAGCCGCAUCCGCCGCAAAGCCUCGUCGGCCAGGUCUCGGUGCAGCAGCAGCAGCAACCAAGCGCACUCAGCCAGACUGGCUUGAUGGGCCAGCCCCCGCCCCCACCCCCGACCCCCCAGCCCAGCCAGAACAUGCUCCCCAAGCAGCAAGGGCUGCUCAGCGGCAGCCAGGCAGGAGUCAUGGUCCAGCAGCUCUCUCCGCGGCAACAGCAGCAGGCCAUGCUUGGGCACGCCAUGCUGCAGCACCCGGGGGCCAUGGCUCACCAAGCGUCACAGCGGCAGAUGCUGUUGGCUCCGCAGCAGCACAGGGCGUUGGGAUCUCCCCAGCAGCUGACCCAGCAGGCACAGGGGAUGAUGGGACACCGGCUGCUCUUGCAGCAGCAGCAGCAGCAGCCGGGAGUGCUUGGGCCGCAGAGGACUUUGCUGGGUCAGCCGCCGCCGCCGCCCAGCUCGAUAGCACAGCAGCACCAGACCCUCCUGGGCCAAGGCCAGGCUGCUCAGCAGGGGAGCUUGGGCCAGGGGCAGGCCUCACAGGCAGGGUUAAUUGGGCAGGCUGGUCAGCAGGGGGCCUUAGGCCAGGGGCAGGCCCCCCAGCCAGGCUUGAGCCAAGGACAGGGCAUCGCGGCAGAGCCCGUCCAGCACUUUGCACAGCUUCGGCCUCUGAACCAGCCGCUGCACUUGAGUCAGGGAACACAGCCAGCCCCUUCACAGCCGGGCCCGGCUGCCAAGGAGCAGCAGGGAGGGGCAGGAGGCACCGCCCUGCUGCCUCAAGAGGGGGCAGAGGGCGUGCUGCAGCAGACGCUGCGGCCCCAUCUGGUGGGUCAGGACCUGGGGGGGCAGUUGCAGCUCGGCGGUACCCAGGAGCAGCAAGGGAUGGGCAGCCUUGGACCCCCUCUGCAGGACCAGCCCUCCCAGCUGAUGCUUCAGCAGCACGGCGAGCAGCAGAAAGCUCCAGCCGAGGUAGGCCAGGCGCAACACCUUCUGCUGGGAUCUCAGGGCUCGCUGCAGCUACGCAUGCAGCAGCAGCAGCAGCAACAAAGCAGCCUCCUGCAGCAGCCGCUGCGGACUCACCUGCCUAUGGACGGUUCCCUGCAGCAAGAAGCGUCUCAACAGCAGCAGCACCGCGAUGGCGCUCCGGCCUCCCGCCUGUUAAGCCAGCCGACGGAACAGCACGGACAAGUGCAAAGCGCCGUGGCCCAGCAGCAAAGGAUUGCGGGCCAGAGCCUGGAGCAGCCUUCCCAGGGCUUGGCGGGACAGCUUCCCUUGCAGCAGAGCCCAGCCGGCCCUCCUAAAGCACCAGGGCUGAUGGUGCCGCAGCCGCCAAGCGCGACCGUCCAGCAGUCCUCGCCCCAAGGCCAGAGCUUCCUCUCCAGCCCAGCGAUGGGCCAGAUCCGAGCCCAGCUGCAGGGGGUCAUCUCCAAAAACCCCCAGCUGCGGAAUCUCACUCCGCAGCAGCAGCAGCAGCUGCAGGCUCUGCUGAUUCAGCGGCACCAGCAGAACCUGUUGCAGCAGCACCAGCAGCACCAGCACCAAGCGCUGCGGCAAGCCGGCCCUUACCAAGGGCAGGCUCAGGCGUCACUGGAGCCGGGUCAGCCCACAGCUGCCCAGCAGCUUUCCCUUCCAGGCGCUGCGGCCCAGCAGCCACAGAGACAGUCGCCCCUCGCCGUGUUUCAGAUUCGCUCAGAGCAAAGCUUCGCCCCCUCUGCAGAGCAGCAGAGAGUGCCGGUGGGCCAGCAGGCAACGAGCAGUCCCCAGCAGCAGGGGGUGCCGAGGCAACCCACUCCCCAGGCUUCCUCUGUGCCCUUCAGCGUUGCUGGUGUGGCCCCUGCCCGGCAGCAGCCCAGCCCUUCAGAGCCAAAGAGACCCUCCCCUGUGAUUUUCGCUAAAAGCCCUGAGCAACAGCUGACCCCCGCCGAGAAAAAACAGCUGGCUGCCCCCAGCCCCCUGCUUCGCCCGGACCCAUCCCCGGCCAUUCCAUGCACAGAGGAGAUUGUUACUGGGACCGGCAACCUCAGGGACUCCGAGUGCCCCACCAAAGACUCUGUGGAGCCCGGCACCGUGAAUGGGCAGGGGGUGGAAUCCGCUUCUCCGGCAGAAGGAAGCGUCCCGCCCCCCACGGGUGAUCUUCUGCACGUUACCAUCAAACAGGAACCCAGGGAGGAGGCGGCGCAAUGCGCCCUGAUGGGCCACGCCCAGCCAGUGAAGCGCGAGGCCAACGGGGAUCUUGGGUCCACAGCAGCCACCGUCCCCACCACCACCAACAGCCUUGCCCGGUCCGAAGCUGGCCACCUCUUGCUGCAAAAGCUUCUGCGGGCCAAGAACGUGACACUUGCCACGCAACGCUCGGGGGACGUCAACGGCCACGUGGAUGGCAAAGUGCCCGGAGUGGAGGGCCGCUUGCAAGCAGUCCCGGAUGGAAGAGCGGAUACGGCAGCCGCAAAGAAACCCCCGCCCCCCAAGCCCAAGCGCUCUCAGAAGGCCGGAGACCGGCUUGCCAACUCCCGCAAGAAGCUGCGCAAGGAGGACGGGGUGAAGCCUAACGAAGCCCUGAUGAAACAGCUCAAGCAGGAGCUCUCCUUGCUGCCUUUGAUGGAGCCUGUGAUCACAGCCAACUUCAACCUUUUUUGCCCCUUUGGGAGCAGCCCCAUCAAUGGCAAAAGCCAGCUUAAGGGGUCUUUUGGUAACGCUGCCCUGGACAGCAUUCCGGACUACUACUCACAGCUGCUGACCAAGAACAACUUAAGCAACCCGCCAACACCGCCAUCUUCACUGCCCCCCACACCACCCCCCUCCGUGCAGCAGAAGCUGGUGAAUGGAGUUAUGUCUACUGAGGAACUGACCGAGCAGCCCAAGGAACCAGUACUGCCCCACGAGACCGAAGGACAGAAGGGUGCUCCUCCUGUGGAAGUGAAAAGUGUAGACCUCCUGGCAGCGUUGCCCACACCGCCACACAAUCAAACUGAGGAUGUCAGGAUGGAGAGCGAUGAAGAAAGCGACUCCCCCGAUAGUAUUGUCCCGGCGUCAUCGCCUGAGAGCGUCCUGGGCGAAGAGAUGCCACGCUUCCCCUUGCUGGCUGGAGCCAAGUCCAGGACGGAGGAGCGCCCGAUGUCCCCGGUCAUACCUAUCAUCCCAAAGGCCAGCAUCCCAGCUUUCUCAGAUGCCAAGCCCUAUGUGGCACCGGAGCAGGUGGGGGGGAAGGGGACCCCGGGCACUUCGUGGGACAAGGCCAAGGGCAGCGAGGUGUCCGUCAUGCUCACCGUGUCUGCAGCUGCCGCUAAGAACCUGAAUGGCGUCAUGGUGGCGGUUGCUGAACUGUUGAGCAUGAAAAUCCCCAGUUCUUACGAAGUGCUGUUUCCAGACAGCCCCAUGAGGGGUGCAGCUAGCGAACCCCGGAAAGGCGAAGCCGACGCACAGAGCAAAGAGAAGCCGGUCGCUGCGAAGGGCCCUGAAGGGGGCCCCGAGUGGUUGAAGCAGUUUGAUGCUGUACUGCCAGGCUACACUCUCAAGAACGAGCUGGACAUCUUAACGCUGCUCAAGCAGGAGAGCCCAGCUCCGGAAAAGGCUGCCCAACACUGCUACAUCAACAAUGUCGCCAACCUGGAUGUGCGACAGCUCCUGACGCUCCCCGAAGAGCCCUCUCCGCCUCUUUCCCCUUUUGCACCUUCCCCACCGAGCCCCCCAAGAGCGCCAGAGCCUGUCCCUGAACCCGAGUUGCCGCCUCUACCUGCUCCUUCUCCCCCGGCUUCUUCCCCCAAGGAGGAGGCACCUCAGUCCCCCCUCAAAGCCAAGCCACGCUCCCGGCCCCUGGAAGACAACGAGGAGAACAAGCCGCGGCUGAAGAAAUGGAAAGGGGUGCGCUGGAAACGGCUGCGCUUCCUGAUCACCAUCCAGAAGGGUGGCUCCAAGCGGGACGGGGACAGGGAGAUCUCGGAGUUCAUCGAGCGCUUGGCCACCACCCUGCGGCCCGAGAAAGUGCCGCGCGACUUGCGGAAAUGCUGCUUUUGCCACGAGGAAGGGGACGGGGCCACCGACGGCCCAGCACGCCUCCUGAACCUGGACCUUGACCUGUGGGUGCAUCUCAACUGUGCUCUCUGGUCCACCGAGGUCUACGAGACCCAGGGCGGGGCCCUCAUCAACGUGGAAGUGGCGCUGCACCGGGGCUUGCUCACCAAGUGCUCGCUUUGCCAGAAGACCGGGGCCACCAACAGCUGCAACCGCAUCCGCUGCCCCAGUGUCUACCACUUCGCCUGUGCCAUCCGGGCCAAGUGCAUGUUCUUUAAGGACAAGACCAUGCUGUGUCCUCUGCACAAGCUCAAGGGCCCCUGUGACCAGGAGCUCAGCACCUUCACUGUCUUCCGGCGCGUCUAUAUCGAGCGUGACGAGGUCAAGCAGAUCGCCAGCAUCAUCCAGCGGGGAGAGCGCCUCCACAUGUUCCGGGUGGGAGGCCUGGUCUUCCAUGCUAUAGGGCAGCUCCUGCCUCACCAGAUGGCAGACUUCCACAGUGUCACAGCACUCUACCCCGUGGGCUACGAGGCCACCCGCAUCUAUUGGAGCCUGCGGACCAACAACCGCCGCUGCUGCUACCGCUGCACCAUCUGCGAAAACAACGGCCGGCCCGAGUUUGUGGUGCAAGUUAUGGAACAGGGUCUGGAGGACUUGGUCUUCACGGACUCAUCACCGCAGGCUGUGUGGAACCGCAUCAUCGAACCGGUAGCCACAAUGCGCAAGGAAGCGGACAUGCUGCGACUUUUCCCCGAGUACCUAAAGGGAGAAGAGCUCUUUGGCUUGACGGUGCACGCUGUCCUGCGCAUCGCAGAGUCUCUGCCCGGUGUCGAGAGCUGCCAGAACUACAUGUUUCGCUACGGGCGGCAUCCGCUCAUGGAGCUCCCCCUUAUGAUCAAUCCUACAGGUUGUGCUCGGUCCGAGCCCAAAAUCCUCACACACUACAAACGGCCCCACACCCUGAACAGUACCAGCAUGUCUAAAGCCUAUCAGAGCACAUUCACGGGUGAAACCAACACACCGUACAGCAAGCAGUUUGUCCACUCCAAGUCCUCACAGUACCGCCGCCUCAAGACUGAGUGGAAGAACAAUGUCUACCUGGCACGCUCACGUAUCCAAGGGCUUGGGCUCUAUGCCGCCAAGGAUCUAGAAAAGCACACCAUGGUCAUUGAGUAUAUCGGCACCAUCAUCCGCAACGAAGUGGCUAACCGGCGUGAGAAAAUCUACGAGGAGCAGAACCGAGGGAUCUAUAUGUUCCGUAUCAACAACGAACAUGUCAUCGAUGCCACGCUGACAGGUGGCCCUGCCAGAUACAUCAAUCACUCUUGUGCUCCUAACUGUGUGGCUGAAGUUGUGACUUUUGACAAGGAGGACAAAAUUAUAAUCAUCUCGAGUCGCCGAAUACCCAAAGGAGAGGAGCUAACGUAUGACUACCAAUUUGACUUUGAAGACGAUCAGCACAAGAUCCCGUGCCAUUGUGGAGCCUGGAACUGCAGGAAGUGGAUGAAUUAGCCCGUAGAGGCCAUCAGACACGGCGAGGAGGGGGCACCCCGACUGCCUGGCACAGACGGCACAGGAGGCUCUACAGAGAGGCCUGUUCCACCAGAUCUCCCGACCCUCCUAUAAGGCAGAGAAUCAACCCGGGAAAGCAUGCUUAGAAUCCACCCCCCCCCCCAACAUGCUGGUGGCGCAGCUGGGACACCAAAAGGGCUUGGGUGACGUCAGCAUGUCUGCCACUGCACCGCGCCAACCUUGGUUAUGGUCUUGUAUCAAGCCAGCUGUUCCGGCCACCGUGGCCAGCCGGCUCCUCUUCCACACAAGGCGACCUGCUUUUCCCCGGCAAAAGGCAGCAGCCACUAGCAAGCCCCGUUCUGGGGUGGGGAACUGAUAAACUGGCAACUCAGGGUUUUCUUUUAGUAUUUUUCUUUUGAGGCCGUAAUGGGGAAACCUUCCACCCCUGUGCACCUGUAAAUAAUGAACUUCAGAAAUAUACUGGGAAGAGAUGGGGUGGGGGGGGGGCAUUCUGUCUAGCAAAGCUGGGGGAAGGGAACUGUGGCACGGCUAUUGGAUCCCCAGGGGGAGAGUUUGCAACUUUUUCUGUGUGUUUAUGUGCAUUUGGGGGAUUUCUUGUGUGUGUGUGUGUGCGCGCGCGUGAGAGACAAAGCUGAUUUUUAAAAUAAAACUUACUAUCUAUUGCUUGCUAAUUUACCAAGGUAACAAGAGGCUUCAAAGAGACUUACUAGCUUGACAAUCCACCUUCCAGAGCCCCCAGCUCUGGGUUUUGUAUGCGUUUAGGUGUUGGAUUUGAAAAGGGGGCAUGAGUGUGUGGUGUGUGUAUGUGUGUGCGCUCGCUUUUCGGGGGGAAAAUACUUCUAGUGAACAGCAGGCCCUGGCUUGGUGAAGCUGGAAGCGGACCUGCCCUUCCUCCUGCCUGCCCUUCCCCAUCUUCCAUGCGCGAGGAGCGUCCGCACUUGAACCUACCUCAUUUGAAGUGUUAGAUUUUGUUUUUUGUUUUCUAAUGUGAGCCCCUCGCUGUGCCACCCUUCUGCUUUUUUUAACCCUCUUCCUUUUAACAUGGAGAGCCACAGCCGCCCUGGCAGACAUGGGAACAGUUUUCGUGUGGAGGUGGGCACUGUUUUGCUGGGAUUGUCUCCCCCCCCCCCCC